AGACCCUCUUACAAAUUAGCCCAAGAGAGAAAAAAACGAUCUGUGUGAAGGAGCGUGUAAGAGCAAGAUGGUCGCUCGGACGUAGAAGGUGUCUGCUAAAACCGCUUCUCAUUUUUCACUCCUGUGCAAUCCCAGCAAACAUUUUCCGGUGUAUCAGUAACAGUUGCGGAGUCGUGGUGGCGGGGGUGCAAGACGUUACACGUGACGUGACACUGGAGUCGACACGGACGGUGGUGGUGUCACCACCUUCCCCCACCACAGAGAUGUCGGGAGACCAUAAAAAGGUUAUUAAAGGGAGCCCAUCCCAAUAUGUAAAGCUAAAUGUGGGUGGGUCUUUACACUACACAACCAUAGGAACUCUCACAAAACAUGAUAACAUGUUGAGAGCUAUGUUCUCUGGACGGAUGGAAGUUUUAACAGACUCUGAAGGUUGGAUCUUGAUUGACCGGUGUGGAAAGCAUUUUGGCACAAUCUUGAACUACUUAAGAGAUGAAAGUAUUCCUAUGCCAGAGAACCAAAGGGAGUUAGAGGAGUUAUUAGCAGAGGCAAGAUACUACUGCAUGAGCGACCUUGUUGCUGAGUGUGAAGAUGCAAUGAAGCAGAAAGAACCUGAGAAAGAUCCUGUGAAAGAUCCUAUGUGUUGUGUUCCUCUCAUUACAUCACAGAAAGAAGAACAGAUGCUCAUACAGUCAACCACUAAGCCAGUUGUUAAAUUACUUGUAAAUCGACAUAACAAUAAAUACUCGUAUACAAGUACAUCAGAUGACAACCUAUUGAAGAACAUUGAGCAUUUUGAUCGACUGGCCUUGAGAUUCAGUCGGCGCGUUUUAUUCAUUAAGAAUGUAAUAGGAUCUAAUGAAAUAUGUCUUUGGGCAUUCUAUGGACAUGGGAAGAAAGUAGCAGAAGUGUGUUGUACAUCUAUUGUAUAUGCAACUGAUAGGAAGCAUACAAAGGUUGAGUUCCCAGAAGCAAGAAUCUAUGAAGAGACGUUAAAUGUGUUACUCUACGAAAAUCUCACAGGACCAGAUGCUGAGCUUAUGCAGGCUACAUCAACCCGAGGGGCAGUGGCACCAGUUGUAUGCACAUCUGAUGAUGAGGAGGAUAGGAGAGGAGGUGCCUGUUCACAGUCAGGCUUAGGGAGGCUAAGAUCCAACAAAAAUAACCAGUUGAAAUAAAAAGGGUGAAUUGGGUAAGAGACCUUAAAUUCUCAGAUAUUUAUACAGUAUAAGGAGAGUUUGUCAUUAUUAUUAUUAUUAUAAUUAUUAUUAUUAUUAUUAUUAUUAUUAUUAUUAUUAUUAUUAUUAUUAUUAUUAUUAUUAUUUUAUUAUUAUUAUUAUUAUUAUUAUUAUUAUUAUUAUUAUCAUAUAUGAUGGUAAGCAGCUCUGGGCAGACAUUAAUAUAGUUGCCAGAGGCUUUGCUCAAACAAUUCAACAGAUUCACAGCUGCCAACAUUUGACAAAACUCAAUUAUGUAGCUGUAAGGGAUCACGACAAUAAUAGCCCAUAAUGUCCCUGGAUAAGCGUAACAAUUGUUUCACCUUACGGUUACUUAAGCUUGAAACAUGGAAGCACAGCCAGUUAAUGGAAAAAUAAAUGUUUAAUGUCUGUAUUUAAGUAAUUUGUUAUAUUCAUUUUUAUUAAUCAAUGUCCCCUAUUAUUUUUGAGGCCCACUUGAGAGGAAUUUCUUGAUAUUGUAUAUAUUUUAUAUAAAUAUUUCUAAUUUUUACAAAUUUCAAGGAAUAUGCCAUACAACUAGUUCAUAAAAGUUAUAUAAACCAACUAUAAAGAUAUUGAUUAAUAAUGAUUAAGGAAUUCCACUGUCUGUGUGGGUACUUUUUUCAAUAGUGCUAAUUUUGUGUGCUAAUGAAUCUCUGCAUUUGAAAGGGGAUGCUCUUAUGUAUGGCUCUUAUAUUGUACAUCUCCACUGAAAUAUUGGGAUGUGUCUUGUUUUGGUCUUAUAACCCAAGAUUUUUCCAAGAAGCGCUUCUGUGAUGAAUGUAGAGUAGGAUGUUUGUAAUCAGGGAAACUGUAUUUCCUGGAAUGUUCAUAUUUGAGACGUAAUAAUUAUAAAGGGCCAUAUUUUCCUGUUAUCUACUCAUUACAUUACCUAUCACUAUAUGUUGUCAUAAUAUUUGAAGGCAUGUACCUGCAAUUUUUCUUUUUUUCUUUUCCUUUUUUAGACCAAGGAGUUUUUUUUUAAGAUAUACUAGUAGAAAUGUCUUCCUUAACGUUAUUUUGAUAAAAAUUUUGUUAGUAUAAUAUUUAGCAUGAAAUCAUCUAAACAGAAGUAUUCUGCUUUUACUAAUUAUUUUUUAUUUUGGUUAUUAUUUUUAUGAACAUUUCUGCUAUUUAACUAUUUUUAAAAGGAUCUGCCAACCAAGGUAUAUCACAAACAUCUACAUACUUACUGGGGGGGAGGGUGUCCAUAAUGCCAAAGUUUUCAUUGUUAUUUCAGAAAACAAUAAUACCAUUUGCUGCCAUAUAUCUUAAUUAAUGCAGUGGCUGCUUUUUUGCACUGAAACCUGUAUCCAUGUAGCAUGUUUGGUUCGUAAGGCUAGUCCUGAGUUAUCUUUUUAUAUGAUGUGAUAUCAAUAAAACUAUUUACAGUU